UGCACUUGUAGUUCAUAUUUCGUCCAUACCAGUUGUUGAAAUUACGCCCGUUUCGAAAAGUGAUAAUUGCCUUAAUAAUUAGUUUUAUUAUUAUAUUUAAGUAAAAUAAAAACUUACUAAUAUUUCUAAUUACACAUUAUAUGAAGCAACAUUUUUAAUGGCUAUAACAAGAGGAUUUAAAUCUCGUUUAUGCUUCAUUAACAAUUGAUUGUGAAUACGAUUUGGAAGUGUGUCAUAAAAUAGUGUUGACAUUUAUUCCCCUUUGGACAAGUCCCGUUUUUUAGUCAUUAUUUUUCUUUUUUCUUUUUCUUUUGUUCUUCGAAAGAAAAGUUUUUUUUUUAAUUGUUUUACUUUAUUAACGUUGUGAAAUUAAAAGUAUAUUAAUUAUACAGUAAAUUAAAUAUUUUAGAUAGUAAUUCCCAAAAAGAAAAAGUUUAUUAUAAUCGGAUUACGUUAAUUAUAUCCCUGUAUCACUAUAUCGCCGAUAUAACUAGUGAUAACCUCAAGACACUUCGAGGAAGAAGGUCGAAUUUUUUAUCAUAGAAACUGCCUUUGGUUAAACGACUAUAGAUUUUUAUGAAUUUUAAUGUUAUAUUUGAUAUUAUACUAAUAAAUAUUGGGAAAUGAUGUCAGAUCGAGAUUAUGCACCAUUAAGUGCAGCGUGCGUUCGUUCAUUAAAUGACAAAAUUUAUGAAAAACGAAAAGCAGCUGCUGUGGAAAUAGAAAAAAUGGUCAAGGAAUUUGCUACACACAAUAAUACCGUUCAAAUUAAAAGAUUAUUAAAAGUACUUGGUCAGGAUUUUGCAACUUCACAAAAUCCGCAUACAAGAAAAGGGGGUUUAAUUGGUCUAGCAGCUAUAGCUGUUGGUUUAGGAAAAGAUACUGGGCAAUAUAUUGAAGAUUUAAUACAUCCAAUAAUAGCAUGUUUUUCUGAUUCUGACUUAAGAGUUAGGUAUUAUGCUUGCGAGAGCCUUUAUAAUGUAGUAAAAGUAGCUAGGGGUGCGGUAUUACCACAGUUCACAGAUAUUUUUGCAGCUUUAAGUAAAUUAGCAUGUGAUUCGGAACAAAAUAUAAAAUCCGCUACAGAAUUACUUGAUAGACUUAUGAAGGAUAUUGUAACAGAAAGUGGUCUGUUUGAUUUAGUUGGUUUUAUGCCACAAUUAAGAGAACGUAUUUAUACUAAAAAUACAUUUGGUAGACAAUUUGUUAUAGCAUGGGUAUCUGUCUUAGAUGCUGUACCCAAUAUGGAUUUUAUUACAUUCUUACCAGAAAUACUUGAUGGAUUAUUUAGAAUUUUAGAAGAUCCAACACCAGAGAUUAAAAAGACAACAGAUAUAGUUCUUGGUGAAUUUUUGCGUAAUAUAAAAUCGAAUCCAGCAAGAGUAGACUUCUCAGGAAUGAUUAAUAUUUUAAUUACUCAUGCUCAAAGUACUGAUGAACUAUUGCAGUUAACAGCAAUAACUUGGAUUAAAGAAUUCGUACAGCUUUCUGGUCCGGUUAUGUUACCAUAUAUGUCUGGAAUACUUGUGGCAGUGUUACCAUGCUUAGCAUACGAUGGAGAUACAAGAAAAAAUAUUAAAGAAACUGCAACUCAAGUUAAUACAAAUUUAAUGAAAUUAAUAAUGAUGGAAAAUUCAGAUGUUUCAAAUAAAGUUUUAAUAAAUGAAAGUAAUAUUAAUUCUGCUAAAAAGUCGAAAGAUGGUAAUCAAAAUUGUUCUUUGGCUGAAAGUUUAGAUCUGUCUAGUUUGGUAGAAGUGCUCAUCAAACAUUUAAUGUAUAUGUCUGUUCAAACUAAAGUUGCUGUUCUAAAAUGGCUUCAUCAUUUAUUUACAAAUAUUCCACAUAAAAUGUUUGAUCACAUAGAAGUAUUAUUCCCAAUUUUAAUGAGGUCUUUAAGUGAUAAUUCAGAUGAUGUAGUACAACAAACUUUAGUUGUAAUGGCUGAAAUAAUUAGUUCAAAAUCUUCAGAAGCAAUUACAGUUGAUUAUCAUAAUGAAGUGCAAAAUAAAUAUUUUACAAAGUUUAUUGUAAAUUUAUUAAGACUAUUUUCAACUGAUAGAAAUUUAUUAGAAGAAAGAGGUGCUUUCAUCAUAAGAGAAUUGUGUGUAUUACUUAGUGCUGAAGAUAUAUAUAAAACAUUAGCAAAAAUAUUGUUAUAUGAAGAGAAUUUAAGUUUUGCAUGUACUAUGAUACAAACUUUAAAUAUCAUUUUGCUAACAAGUUCUGAAUUAUUUGAUUUAAGAAAUAAAUUAAAAGACUUGGAUUCUUCGGAAAGUUGCGAUUUAUUCCAAUGUCUUUAUGAAUCUUGGUGUCACAAUCCAGUUGCAACUGUAGCCUUAUGUCUUCUAUCACAACUUUAUCCCCAUGCACUUAACAUUAUCAAAUCAUUGUAUCCUUCAUUAUAUAUUCACUAUAUAUGCAAUUUAUAUUAUUUACACAGACACAAUAAUAUUUUUCUUAAUUUUAUAUCAUAUAGUGAAAAUAUCGAAGUUACUGUUGAAUUUUUGACAGAAAUAGAUAAAUUAGUACAGCUUAUUGAAUCGCCUAUAUUUACAUAUCUGCGUUUGCAGUUAUUAAAUAGAGAGGAUAAUAUUGACUUAAUUUAUGUACUGUAUGGUUUGUUAAUGAUACUUCCUCAAAGUGAAGCAUAUGCAACUUUACAGCGACGACUAUCUGCAAUUCCUCCAGCAACAAAACCAUUGAGUCUUAAAAACAAUAAAGUAUCCAAUAAACAAAAAUUAAACUUCAUUGAGUUACUAUAUCAUUUUCAUGCUGUCCAAGACAAACACAAAGAACAUAAACAUAAACAAAGAUUAACUUCACUAGUUGAAAGGAAUACAAAUCAAGUUGAUGUAUAAUAUUAUAACUAAUAUGAUAGAAUGUAGAAUACAUUUAAUUGUUAAUUUUUAAUGUGUAUAUAAAUCUGUUAAUUUUUUUAUUGAACAUAUGUAUUGAUGUAAAAAAAUCACUUUUUAAAUUCG